AUGGAGGGGCCAUACUUGAAAGUGAAUAACAUAAGGAAUCAAAUACUGGCAAUGUAUAAAUAUCAUGUUAGCUACAAGAAGGCUUGGUUGGCAAAACAAAAGGCAAUAUCGGAGGUGUAUGGUGAUUGGACGAUCUCUUAUUCUAAACUUCCUAAAUUUUUAAGUGCUUUGAUGCAUUUUAAUCCAGGCACGAGUGUUUCGAUUGAAGCUGUGGUCGAUGUUACAAAACUCCACACGUCGGUGUUUAAGCGUGCAUGGUGGGCAUUCAAACCGAUAGCUGAUGGGUGGCAACAUGCUCGGCCAGUUAUCAGUAUAGAUGGUACAUUCUUGAAAGGAAGAUAUAACGGGAAAUUAUUAAUUGCAAUGGGAUUUGAUUCUAAUAACCAUCAAUACCCACUUGCUUAUGCUAUAGUCAAUGAAGAAACAACAGCCAACUGGUCAUGGUUUCUACGUCGCCUUCGUAGAUUUAUAUGUCGAAGUAGAACGGGAGUGUGCAUAAUUUCAGACCGUCAUGCUGGAAUCAUUGAAGCAAUGAAGAAAGAACAAAAUGGCUUCACUAGAGACAUGGGUAUACAUCGUUUUUGUCUCUACCAUGUCCGUAGUAAUUUUAGUUCAGCUUAUCCUGGAUCACAUUUGAAGAUGUUAUGUUGGGUGGCCGGAAAUAAUAGUCAAGUGAGAAAAUUCGAAGAUGCGAUGAGACAAAUCAAAGAGCUUAAUCCCGAUGCUGAAAAAUGGUUACGAAAUAUUCCAUUAGAGAUGUGGACUAUGUCUCACGAUGGAGGAUAUCGUUACGGUCAAGCAACAACAAAUAUGGUCGAAAGUUUCAAUGGUAUCUUAAGGUCUGCUCGUUUUCUUCCGAUCACGUCAAUGGUGGAAUAUAUAUAUUAUCGCUCUGUAAAACUUGUUGCAGAAAGGCGUACUCAAACUUUGAAUGAUCUUCAAAAUGGGUAUACUUAUUGCAAUAUGUCAAGAAAAUUAUUUGAAAAUAUCGAAAGCAAGGCAUCAGCACACACAGUUAUUCCAUACAAUGAGCAAACUGGAAUCUUUGAGGUGACUAUUGCACGUUACAGAACUAAUAAUGGUUUUUGGAAAGGUGGCAACAAACAUAUCAUUGACCUAUGUAAAGGUUUUUGUUCUUGUGGAAAAUGGUGUCGUUAUCACUCUCCAUGUUCACAUAUAGUUGUUGGUUGUAUAGUGUGCAAUCUCGAUUGGGUUAAAUACAUCGAUACAUAUCACAAUCUAACAACACUUUCUGAGAUGUGGCAGUAUGAUUUUCACCCCAUACCUAAUGAAUCAUAUUGGACGUUCCCAAUAGCACAUGAUUGGGAGAAAUAUGGUAAUCUUGUUCCCAAUGAAAAUUUGAGAAAGAAGAAAAACCAACGAGGUCAAAGCCAGCGUAUUCGAACCGAAAUGGAUAACCCACGAAGAACCAUCAUUUGUGGGAGAUGUGGCCAAAAAGCUAUCCUAUCUAGAAUAGUGGGAGAUGGGUCCUUUGUUUCCGAAAGUACCCUUGAACCCCUCCUUGAAUGUAUUGACUAUCUCGUCAAAUAUAAACCUUCAUCGUAUAACCCAACAUGGUCGCCCAGUGGAUCGUGUUACUCGCUGAAAUUGCUAGAAUGGAAAAAGAAAGCUGUUGAGGAGGAGGAGAAGAAGGUCAUGGCUCGGAAAAUUGAAGAAUUGAGACGGGUUGUUGAUGAUCAAACAGAAGAGACUAAUGAUUUGAAAUUGAAGCUUGAUGAGAUGGGAAAAGUUGGUUGA